AUGAAUCUAACGCUUUACCUCCCUCCCUCCGCUGCUACUUCCAAGUCCGCUCCCCUUCUCAUCUACCUCUCUGGCCUGACCUGCUCACCCGAUAACGUCACUGAAAAGGGCUUCCUCCACUCCCACGCCUCUUCCCUCGGCCUCGCCCUCCUCUACCCUGAUACCUCUCCCCGCGGGCUUGAUCUCCCCGGCGAGCACGAAUCGUGGGACUUUGGUAGUGCAGCGAGCUUCUACAUCGAUGCUACUACUAAACCAUGGAACAAAAAUUACAAGAUGGAGUCUUAUCUCACCAAGGAGCUACCAGACCUGCUGUUUGGUGCCUUUAAGGAGCUCGACUCGUCGCGAGGCACUGAAGAUAACAUCUAUAAACAGGGCCAACUGCUCCCUGAAAACUUUGCGAAAGUCGCAGAAGAGAUUGGUGCGAGCGACCUCCAAGUCAAUUACCGAGAAGGCUAUGAUCAUUCUUACUUUUUCAUCUCCACAUUCGCCGGCGAUCACGUCCAGCAUGCCGCCAAGGCUCUGGGUCUCCUUUGA